AUGUUAUUGGCACCAAUCACAGCGAACAAGUCGCUCUUAAUCAAGUUGAUAUCGUAUCGACCAGAAUUGAAGCCAAAUACUGCGUUAAUGAUCUUUCGUAACAGAGACUCAUACUUGGAGACAUUGUACUGUCGAAUCUUUAAGGAUACAUCGCCAAUAUAUUUGAACAUAUCAGUAAGCAAUGCUUUUGGAUCAUCAUUUACAAAGCAACGUACCUCAUCAGUUAAACUAUCGGCUAUUGAUACUGACACAGGAAUAUGCUCGUUAGUAAAGACAGUAUUCUCCCCGUGUUGA